AUGAGCAAUGGAAUCCGCCGUCUGAAUGGCAAGGAUCGACUACUCCUCAGCUUUUCGAAGGACGACCUCAUCCACUGUGCAACGUACACGGCUCAGAAAACUUCGGAGUGGGCCGCCGAAGGCAAAUACCCCAGAGCGUGGACCAGAGACGAACUCAUUGACGCAUAUGCACAAGCCGCUCGCGUGCAGUAUUCGAACCUUCAGGAAGUUCCGCCAUUAGUAUGGGAUUUGAACCGUCCCCAGCUGCCUGUCUUAGAUCGCGGACAGCAUUGGCGGGCCGCACUUAUGCAACUCUUUGCGGAAGACCUUGAUGCCACCAUUGUGUAUAGUGUGAAGGUCAGGUGUCACCCUUCACCGAGUGCCGCUAGACUCCAGGGCACUUCGGUGGAGCGUGUGGGAACUGCAGAUGGUGAUACAGCGCUUGCCAGUGUUCCUUUGCCCAGAAAAAACAAGGACAAGUUGUAG